AUGUCGUCAGCCUCUAGCUCUCAGGCAAUCGGCGCUGUAUCCAACCCUUCGAAGAGUCAAAUUACCAAGGGUUCCAACUCAGAAUAUCAGAAACUCAAGUAUCAGCGAGUUCGUAACGGUCUCAUUGAGGGCUUCAAGGUCGUGAAGCACAUCUCCGAAGCAACGACCCUGUUGGCUCCAUUGAAAGCCACGUGCGAGCUCUGCAUUCUAUCUCUGGAGACAGUCAAAGCGAUCAACGAGAACACGGCGACGCUAGAAGAGCUGGAGAUGAAACUAUCCCGUCAUAUUCAAAUACUGCAAGAUCUGGAGUCCAAGUUCCGGGAAGGAGACGGGACGGGCUUGCAGCCUGCCAGCUGGGAUGGUUUUAAACUCGCAUAUAGAAACCAAAUUGCCGCACUUGAAGCCGUCUUGCAAGAAGUGGAAGCAAUUUCGACUCGUCGGGAAACACCGGCAGGUCGGGCCUUGAUGCCAGUCGAUAGUAAAAUAGAGGCAUCUGCUCUUUCUGGCCUCAAAGAGAAGAUAGCAGAUCACUACACUACUUUUGAGUAUACUCUCCGGCAAUGUCAAGCAGAGCUCCAAGCUGAAGCCUGGAAAAUGACUCAGCUUGGGCCUGAUAUCCCAAGGCCAUUGGGAAUACAACACAACCGCUGCCUUGACGGGACGAGAGUGAAUGUACUUGAAAAUGUGCGAAUUUGGCAUGCCGACCUUGAUACCCCGACUCGCAUCUUUUGGCUCUGCGAUAUCGGUGGUUCCGGAAAGUCUACAAUUGCUCGCACCAUGUGCUAUGAAUGGGACCAAAAUCCAGACAUUGUGAUUGGGCGCUUCUUUUUCUCCAGGAACGCGCGGGAGACUUCGGAAAUCGACAAAUUUUGCUCAAUUAUUGCUGCCGAUCUCAGCGAGAACAGCCGGUUGAUCCGAAAAAAAGUGGAAGGAGCACGCCGCAGGGAUCCCUUACUUUGUGACCGGGACUUCGGCACCCAGUUUGCGCGACUUGUGGAGGAACCUCUACUUGAGUGGGACCGGCCAGCAGUGAUUGUUAUCGACGCCAUAGACGAAUGCAGAGCUCCGACACGGAGCGAGCUGAUGCGCAUCCUCAUUGACAAGCUUCCCUCUAUCCCACAUCUCAAGGUUUUCAUCACCAGUCGGCCAGAGCAAGAUGUCAUGAAGAUUUUACAGGGCAACACCUUGGUCCAUGGGUAUCAUUACUACCUGAACGGCAAUAAUAGUACCAACAUGGAAGACGUUGAUAUGUUUGCCACUGAUAGUCUUCAAGGUCGGCUUACCCGCGAGCAAAGACAGCAGCUUGUGCAACGGUCUGGUGGAAGUUUCAUCUGGAUUGCUACCGCGUGUCUUGAGCUUAACCGUGCUCACGGUUUGGGUCAACUUUCCUCGACAUUCGAUACAUUGCUAUCUAGAGUUCCUGGAGGAGACAUAAAUCAGCUUUACACCUCCGUCGUCCGCCUUUUUUCUGACGGGGAUGACUCUGGAAUCCAUGGAUCAAUUAUAGGAUUUAUCGCGUGCCUCCUUGACCCUGUCUCGAUCCCAACACUCUCAGUCUUGAUGGACACAGACCUCGAUAAACUGACCUCAGCAGUGCGAACAAUGCAAAGUGUACUCCGUGUGCAUUCUGUGGUCGAGUUUCUUCAUCCAACUUUUCGUGAUUACAUCACACAAGUUGACAGGACCAAUAUUCCCGUUCGCAUCUGCGAAAGGUCUAUCAACGGACGCAUUGCCAUUUCAACUCUUCAAACUUUGCAAGAGCAUUGCACGUAUGACACCUGUCGCAUUGCUAUAACUUCUCCGGAUAAUCACUCACAACAACAGUUGGAUCAAUUGCGCCCGACGCCCUUUGACAAGCAACCAGCCUUAAUGUACUCGGUGAAAUACUGGGCGCGACAUGUGGACACCGCGUUACGCAAUUCUAGCGUAGAGCAAAAUCUAAGCGCAUUCCUGCAAAAUAGUGCCCUUUACCUUGUGGAGCUGCUGAGCUUCGCGGAUCUAAAGCACCUCAUUCACAACUUUGACAUUGCCCGCGAUACUCUGCAUCGCCACAAAUUCGCAGAAAAGGAUAAAGAAACCUGUAGUGACAUUAUCAGGCUCGUCCAGCGACAUCAGGCUAUCUUGGAGAGGGAUUCGCAUAAUCUCUAUUCAUCAUCUCUACUUUUUACACCACGAUUAACACGCUUGUGGGAAAAAUAUGGCGCGAAGUUUGAACAUAUGUUCCCAAGAGCCAUACUUGGAGCAGAGGACCACUGGCCACCAAAUCACGCAUUGAGUGGUCACAUAAAGGAGGUCGAGUGCCUAGCAUUCUCUCCGGACGGAAGGUUGAUAGCAUCUGGGUCAAGAGAUGGGACUGCACGUAUAUGGGAUGUUUCCACUGGAGCACGCGUGGGACAAUCUCUGCGAGGCCACGAAGAGUCGGUCCAGUCACUCGACUUUUCACCAGAUGGGAUGCGUAUUGUCACCGGUGGGUGGGACAGAACUAUUCGUCAGUGGGACGCGGCAACCGGUGAUCCCAUUGGACAACCCCUCAAGGGGCACAGCUACGUGGUGGCCUCGGUCCAUUAUAGUCUUGACGGCCGCCGUAUUAUCUCCGGCUCCUGGGAUCACCGCAUUCGAGUGUGGGAUGCUAAAAGCGGUGCAAGUAUUGGGACGACUCCACAUGUCCAUACAAAUCGCGUCUUGUGCACGGCACUUUCCAGUGACGGAAGCCUCAUUGUAUCCGGCUCAAUCGACCACACUCUUCGAUUAUGGGAUGUCAAUACUGGUGAACCUAUUGGGGAGCCUUUUGGCAACUCCUUCUUACAUCCCCCAACUCAUACGGCGCCCAUCAUCUGCGUGGCUUUUUCGCCUGGGCCUCCUACCCGUAUUGCCUCUGGAUCAGCUGAUGCGACGGCUCGUCUCUGGGACGUCCAGACUAGGCAGCAAAUUGCCAUUCUACAUGGGCACAAAGCACCGGUAACAUGCCUUGCGUUCUCGCCUUGUGGAACUUGUAUCGUCACGGGUUCAGCAGAUAAAAGUCUCCGACUAUGGGACGGGUUCACAGGAGCUCAAACUGGCAAUACUCUCGAGGGUCAUACUGGCGGAAUAACCUGCGUCACUUUCUGGCGUAAUGGAGCGCUCAUAGUUUCUGGCUCCCGUGAUACAACUCUACGCGUAUGGAACACUGCCACAACGACUUGUAUCGGUAAUGCCCUUCGGGGUCAUAACCAAGCAAUCAGCUGCCUUGCUGUUCAACAAAACUAUCUCGUUUCCGGCUCCAAAGAUUCUACACUCCGUCUUUGGAAUUAUCAGCGUGAUAUUAACACAGAUGACAUGAGGGAUCACGAGAGCGAGGUGAAAUACAUCGCGUUUUCUCCGGAUGGGAUGCGCGUAGCUACUGCAGCAGGACGUAGCGCUCGACUCUGGGAUACCACCACAGGGGAGCUAGUAUGUCAUCUUCGGGGACCAACUAGUGAGAUCACUUGUCUCACAUUUUCGCCCCGUAGCGAGUUCUUGGCCUCUGGUUCUGCUGAUCCUGUACCGAGGGGAGAACGCCGGCUUGGCUUCACAGCUUCUGGCUUGCUCCAUGAUGCCCAAGUGUCUGGCCAGACUGUCUGUAUAUGGAACGCGGCCAACGGCGAAAGUAUUAGCCAUCUACUUGGUGACCUCCAGGUCCACUGUAUUGCAUGGUCACCAAGCAGUGACCAGCUUGCAUUAGGUUCCCGUGAUUCGACAUUGCGGCUCUGGAACCGAGCGGCCGCCUUCGGCAUCAUCGGGCCCCUUCACGGACACGCAGGUCGGAUUAACUGCGUCGCCUACUCACCGAAAGACUCUAAAGUGGCUUCAGGGUCGCGUAGCAAGUCGAUGCAGCUAUGGGAUACCGAGACUGGCCAGAAGAUUGGGAAACUUAUGAUUGCCGAGGAGCGCAUCGUUGGCCUUGCGUUUUCGUUGGAUGGCAGUCGGAUUGUGACGGUAUCCCUUCCAAAAAAACCCUACCAAAAUUUUUCUCAAUUCACGUCUGGUUCCUGGCGGAAACCGGAACUAGGGAUUGUACAGCUCUGGGACGCCAGCACACAGACGCAGGUUGGAGCAAUUUGGCCAGAAGAAACACCAUUCGAUCGCUUCACCUACUUCAGUCACCAGAAUAUAGUGCUUCUAAAUAACGGAAAGAUGCUAGACAUGUCAAACGAUCAUAUCCGAAAGUUCACUCUGCACUCACUUGACGACUUCGGCUCUUCAAUACAGUCGCGUAUUGUCUAUCAUAAUAGUGUAAUCACGGAAGUUUCGAUAAGGAAUCAGGCUUUUAUUGUACCCGAAGAGCUAUCCGUCACAGCUUGGGGAACACACGGCCGAAAGAUAGGUCUAGGGUUUAGUUCGGGCCGAUUUAUGUUGCUCGAUUUCUCUCAUCUUUGA